GGGAGGGGGGCCGAGGCAGGGCUCAGCUCGCACCUGCCGCGGAGGAUGGAGCCGGGCGACGCGGGAGAGAAGAGCCCCCUCCUGAAAGGGCCAGCAGCCAGUUCUUAUUUAGGGAUUUCGAGAAGCAGUUUCCAUGGUUCGAUGCUUGGCUAUGUCCCAGACCUCUCUGCCAUUGAACUGGGCCUGAAAGGAAAUCAGCAUUGCCAUUCCAGCUGGGCUUCUGGUAACAGCUACGACUAUGAAAGAGAGAGCGCACGGAGGAAGCUGUACAUGGCCUCUGUGAUCUGCUUGGUCUUCAUGAUAGGGGAAGUUGUGGGGGGAUAUUUUGCCCAUAGCUUGGCCAUCAUGACGGAUGCAGCCCAUCUACUGACCGACUUUGCCAGCAUGAUGAUCAGCCUUUUCUCCCUCUGGAUGUCGUCCCGUCCGGCCACCAAGACAAUGAACUUUGGCUGGCAUCGGGCAGAGAUUUUGGGAGCCCUCCUGUCAGUGCUGUCCAUCUGGGUUGUGACAGGUGUCUUGGUCUACCUGGCAGUCCAGCGGCUGCUGUCGGGCGAGUAUGAGAUAGACGGGGAAGCAAUGCUCAUCACCUCUGCCUGUGCAGUGGCAGUGAAUAUCAUAAUGGGAGUUUCUCUUCACCAGCCGGGACAUGGGCACAGCCACCUCAGUCAUGGGAAGGGGCAGAAUACCAGCGUCCGGGCGGCAUUCAUCCAUGUGGUCGGGGACCUUCUGCAGAGCAUCGGGGUCUUGGUGGCAGCCUACAUUAUCUAUUUCAAGCCAGAGCUGAAGUAUGUGGAUCCCAUCUGCACCUUCCUGUUUUCCAUCCUCGUCCUUGGAACGACGCUGAGCAUUCUCCGAGACGUGGUCCUCGUGCUGAUGGAAGGCAAACCCAAGGGCGUGGAUUUUAAUGAAGUGAAGACAAUUCUGCUGUCCAUCAGUGGUGUAAAAGCCCUUCACAGCCUCCACAUAUGGGCCUUAACCGUGUCUCAACCAGUCUUGUCGGUCCACAUUGCAAUCAAUGAGAAUGCAGAGGCACAGACCAUCUUGAAGGAAGCCAGUUCCCGUCUGCAGGAGGCCUUCAACUUUCACACCACUACCAUCCAGAUAGAGAACUACUCGGAGGACAUGAAUGAUUGUCAGGAAUGCCAGAGCCCCUUGGACUGACUGAUGGCCUCUGAGGAGGGUUGCUAAGCAACCCUCACUGGAUGGCCUUGUCAAAACUGCUACCUCAGUCUUCCUAUCACUGUGACUUUAAAAUCUUGUGGCUUUCGGGCCGGUUGCGACCGGGGAGCAUUCCAGGGUCACUCAAGGGGUGUUUGAGACUUCAGCAAUGUGAUUGUUUUCCACUGUAUUUUGCAUUUUAAGGAACCAUCAUGUUUUUUCUCCUGUUUGUUCAUUAAUGUCUCCUUUUCAGCCCAUACAAGAAAUGUCAUUUUAAAAAAUAGCCUGAAAUUAAAA